AGAAAAUCUAUCGACAUUGGCGUGUCUUCUGGUUAGCGUCAUUUCGGAUCUCGCUUCCAAUUGCAUUUAUCGCUUUCCUCCAGUUUAAAAAGCCUAAAUAAAUCUUUUGAUUAGAGUCGUCAAUGGGCGUUCUGUUUGUCUACGCUUCGCUAUUUCCAAUUUUAUUUUAUUAACAAUUAAAACGAAAUCGUUUCUUGAUCUGUCGAUGCUUCUUGGAAACUCUUCACGUGACUACCUAUAUAGCCAAUCCCGUCGCUUCAAUUUUUCAAAAGUUACGCACGUGGUUCAAAUUGUUAAUGUCGAAGUAUAAAGUGAAAAAUGGAGAAAGGAAAAGAUUGUGUGAUGAAAAAGAGAACAAAAAGGAAGAAGAUGGUUUACGAGUGCCCCAAUCCGUUAUUCGCCAAGUGGUUGAAAGAAUGGAGAGACGAAGCCAUUGAAAAGGGAUGGAAACUUCAACACACUUACUCUAGAGCCCUUAAGUCAUUAGAAAAAUAUCCAUUACCAUUAAAAUCACCAUGGGAAGCAAAAUGUUAUCUUAAUUAUUUUGGUGAUAAAAUCUGCAAAAUGUUAGAAGAUAAGCUAAAGGAGCAUGGUGAAAAUAUACAGAGUUAG